AUGGGAAGAUCGCCAUGCUGUGACAAAGUAGGGUUGAAGAAAGGGCCAUGGACGCCUGAAGAGGAUCAGAUGCUCUUGGCUUACAUCGAGGAGCACGGCCUUGGUAGCUGGCGAGCCUUGCCUGCCAAAGCAGGUCUACAACGGUGUGGGAAGAGCUGCAGGCUUAGAUGGACAAACUAUCUAAGGCCAGAUAUCAAAAGGGGUAAGUUCAGUUUGCAGGAAGAACAAACCAUCAUUCAACUCCAUGCCCUCUUGGGUAACAGGUGGUCGGCCAUUGCGACGCACUUACAAAAGAGAACGGACAACGAGAUAAAGAACUACUGGAACACCCACCUGAAAAAGCGGCUGACCAAGAUGGGGAUCGACCCGGUGACUCACAAGCCGAAGAACGACGCCCUCCUCACCACCCAAGCCGGCUCCCACUACUCCAACAACUCCAAGAGCGCCGCCAACCUCAGCCACAUGGCUCAGUGGGAGAGCGCUCGCCUCGAAGCCGAAGCCCGCCUCGUCCGCCAGUCCAAGCUCCGCUCCCACUCCUUGCUCGCCACCUUGGCAGCAGCAGCCGGUUCCACCUCAUCAGCAACCGCCACGUCACUCAGCAGUAUCAACGUCCACGUGGACCUAGAGUCUCCCACGUCAACUCUCUCCACCACCGCAUUGCCGGGGAAUCCGAUUAUUAGUAGUAGUCAUGAUCAUCAUGAAGAUGAUCGUUCUCCGUCAAUCCCGCACAUGUUCGAGUUCAUCAAGGACAUAUCUCAUCAUCAACAUGACGAUGAUGAGAGUGAUGACUGGACAGUGUGCCAGCUGGCAGCUGAUCAUCAUUCGUCAAUAAAUGAUCAUAAUCAUCAUCAUCACAUUGCUGUUGCUAGUGGAGGUACGAUUUCCUGCGGCAGCUCCAUGGAAGCGGGGGGAUGGACUCUCAAUAAUAAAGAGAGUAGUAAUGGUGGUGGUGAUGACGUGGCGGAGGAGGGUUUCAUCAGUCUUUUGUUGUGUGAUUCGUCGACGGCGGCAGGUGGCGAUCAUCAAGAGCACGGAUGCAGCAGCGAGGUUAAUAAUAGCUCGGAGGUUAGUGGUGGUGGUGGUGGUGGUAGUGGUAACGAUAAGAAUAGUACUAAUAAGGAUUCGUCGGAGAACCACAGCGGGAGUACGACGACGACGACGGAGAAUGAGCAUGAGUAUUACGAGGACAAGAAUUACUGGAAUAGUAUUUUGAAUUUGGUCGACAGUACUUCUUCUCCGUCUCCUGAUGGUGAUGAUACUCCCAUGUUUUAG